UCCUGUGCGCGUGCAGACUGUGCAGACCACACGAGCCCCCCUCCUGACCACCUGAGCCGCGCUCCUCCACCCUGAUCCUCUUAAACUGACGGAGGCUUCCCCGCCGCUGCGCACGGCUCGCACGCAGACGGGACUGAGGUUUUUCUUCAUCUGCUCACGACAAGUUCAGCAGCUGCGACGGAAGGAAGCGAGGUUCAGACGCAUGGUUCAAAGAAACAAGAGCACCAGAAGCUUCGCUCUGGAGGGAUGCUCACUGAGUGAGGACAGGAUUCCCGAGCCCGGACAGAACUUGACGGAAAACACGAGUGAUCCUGGGAUUUUCCUGAAUGGGAAAGUCUCGCGCUCUAAUGAAAUCCUCAUAAAUUAUAGUUCAUCUGCUCCGGCCGCCUUUUUGCCUAACCAAAUGCCACUCUAAUGCCCACAGGUGGGGUUAAAAGCCCCCUGUUUGGCUUGAAAUCGCCGUGACGCCCCUGUGGAGGAUUUCUCUGGCGGUUCGUCCCCGAGGAGCGCAGCACAGCCGCUGAGAUGGACCGACACACUGCGCCAUGGAUCACCGCCAACCUGACAGGAUACUAACCGUCAUUUAUUUAAGACAACUUUCACAUUUUCAGAGUGAUUUAAGGUUUUUUUUUUCCCGUAGCCAUUUUCAGUAAACUUUUGCUCCGCGGUCCUCCUCGUCUCUCUCGCUGUCACUCGGAUUUCCAUGAAGCGACCCAUCGGGUGAUUAUAACUACUUUCUUUGGGGGAUUUUGCUGUGGGUGCAGCGGAACAUCAUGUGGACGCCGACAGAGGACGAGAAAAUUGGAGUGGUCAUCUGCAACUUCCGAGGCUCAGUGACUCAGGGUCUGGCUCUGGAGGUGGGGGAGACUGUUCAGAUCCUGGAGAAAUGCGAAGGAUGGUACCGAGGGUUCUCAACGAGGAAGCCAAAUGUCAAGGGAGUUUUUCCCGCUAGCUACGUUCACUUGAAGAAAGCCAUCGUCACCAACAGAGGGCCACAUGAGACUGUGGUGCCUCUCGAAGACCCCAUUGUCACCGAGGUCACGUCAACACUGCAGGAAUGGGCCUUACUGUGGAAGCAGCUCUAUGUGAAACACAAGGUGGAUCUGUUCUACAAGGUUCGCCACGUGAUGAUGGAGCUGAUAGACCUGAGAAGGCAGCUGCUGUCUGGUCACCUGACACAAGACCAGAGCAGAGACGUCAAGAGACACAUCACCGUCAGACUCGACUGGGGCAACGAACACCUCGGUCUGGACCUGGUGCCGAGAAAGGAGUUUGAGAUGGUUGAUGAAGACCAGAUCAGCGUGUCAGACCUUUAUAAGAUGCAUCUUUCUAGCAGACACAGCGUACAGCAGAGCACCACACAGGGCGACAACGCCCGGCAGAGACAUGGGGAACCUUGCAGAGUUCCAGUACCUCAUCACCUGCUGGUCAACCUGAAGAGCUUCACCUACAACAGCAUAGGCGAGGACACGGACAUAUUCUUCUCCCUGUACGACCUGAGAGAGGGAAAGACCCUCAGUGAGAAGUUCAUGGUGAGACUGAACAAGAACGGAGGUCCAAAGAAUCCAGAGAAGGUGGACCGGCUGUGCGCCCUCUUCACGGAUCUGAGUAACAAAGACAUGAAGAGAGAUCUCUAUAUUGUCUCACAAGUUAUCAGGACAGGUCGAAUGCUGCUGAACGACAGUAAGAAGGGUCCUCUGCAUGUUCAGUACCGUCGACCGUAUGGCUGUGCAGUCCUGGCCAUGAGCGACGUGCUGCAGACCAUCUCAGAGCUCAAAGAGGAGAAAGAUUUUGUCCUUAAAGUGUACACGUGUAACAAUGAGAAUGAAUGGUACCAGAUCCAUGAGAACAUCAUCCGCAAGUCCAGCACCAAAUACACGGCACCCAGCACCAACUACGGGCUGAUCAUCUCCCUGCAGCUGCUGCGGGGCGACAUGGAGCAGGUCCGCAGAGAAAACCCGCUCAUUUUCAGCAGGGGGGUGGCCAUCACACGCAAACUGGGAUUCCCAGAUGUCAUCAUGCCCGGUGACAUCCGUAACGACCUGUACCUGACACUGGAGCGAGGAGAUUUUGAGAGGGGAGGGAAAAGCGUUCAGAAGAACAUCGAGGUGACCAUAUAUGUGCUGUACGCCGAUGGAGAAAUCCUCAAGGACUGCAUCAGUCUGGGUUCAGGUGAGCCCAACGUGCCAGAGCACCGCUCCUUUGUGCUCUACCAUAACAACAGCCCGCGAUGGAGCGAGGUGAUCAAACUGCCGAUUCCCAUUGACCGUUUCAGAGGGUCCCACCUACGCUUCGAGUUCAGACACUGCUCCACAAAGGACAAAGGAGAGAAAAAGCUGUUUGGUUUUGCCUUUACUCCUCUAAUGAGAGAGGAUGGAACCACUCUCUCUGAUGAGAGCCACGAGCUGUAUGUCUACAAGUGUGAUGAAAACACGACCUUCAGUAACCACGCCCUCUACCUGGGGCUGCCCUGCUGUAAGGAGGACUUCAACAGCUGUCCCAACAUCCCCUCCAGCCUCAUUUUCCAGCGCAGCAUGAAAGAGACCUUCUGGAUUUCCACACAGCUCUCCUCCACCAAGCUCACCCAGAACGUGGACCUCUUGGCCCUGCUGAAGUGGAAGGCCCAUCCCGACCGGGUCAUGGACAUCCUUGGACGGCUUCGGCAUGUCAGCGGAGAAGAGAUCGUCAAGUUUCUUCAGGACAUUCUGGACACCUUGUUCUCCAUCUUGGAUGACAACACAGACAAAUAUGGGCCGUUGGUUUUUCAGUCACUGGUGUUCAUUAUAAACCUGCUCAGGGACAGUAAAUAUUACCACUUCAGGCCGGUGAUGGACACUUACAUCCAGAAGCACUUUGCUGGAGCGUUAGCUUACAAAGAGCUGAUCCGCUGUCUGAGGUGGUACAUGGAUCGCUCUGCUGAGGUGGUGAGGCAGGACCACAUACAGGAAGCCAUGAGGGCUUUGGAGUAUCUGUUCAAGUUCAUCAUCCAGUCUCGGAUCCUUUACUCUCGGGCCACGUGUGGCAUGGAGGAGGAGCAGUUUCGCACCAGCAUCCAAGAACUCUUUCAGUCGAUCCGCUUCGUCCUCAGCCUGGACAGCCGCAACUCCGAGACGCUCAUCUUCACUCAGGGCCCCCAGCCUUGUCCGGGCCCAAAUCAAGUCCCAGGUCCCGGCGCCGGGCUUCCCGCUCCCUUAGCACUAGCUCCUGCCCCGGGCCAACCGCAGUCCACUGUCCUAGGACAGGUUCCUGGCAGCGGACAGGCCAACUGCACUCAGGCCGUGAGCGCCAACGCUCUGCGGCCGACUCCGCUGUCAGCUGCACUUUUGAACUCGUUCCCAGCCAUCUUUGAUGAGCUGCUGCAGAUGUUUACGGUCCAAGAGGUGGCCGAGUUUGUGCGCGGCACUCUGGGCAGCAUGCCGUCCACGGUGCACAUAGGACAGUCCAUGGAUGUGGUCAAGCUGCAGUCCAUAGCUCGGACCGUGGACAGCCGGCUCUUCUCUUUCCCAGAGUCUCGGAGGAUCCUACUUCCUGUGGUCCUCCAUCACAUCCACCUGCACUUGAGGCAACAGAAAGAGCUUCUCAUCUGCUCUGGAAUACUCAGCUCUAUAUUCUCUAUCAUCAAGACCAGCUCACUGGACACGUCGGUGCAGGAGGAGGUGGAGAUGAUGGUGGAGUCCCUGUUGGACGUCCUCCUGCAAACCCUGCUGUCAAUCAUGAGCAAGAGCCAAUCGCAGGAGGCGGUAAGGGGUCAACGCUGUCCGCAGUGCACCGCUGAGAUCACUGGAGAGUACGUGUCCUGCCUCCUGUCGCUUCUCCGUCAGAUGACAGAUAUCCACUUCCAGCACCUGAUGGAAAACUUCCAGAGCAAAGAUGAGCUGAAGGAGUUUCUGCUGAAGAUUCUGUGUGUGUUUAGAAAUCUGAUGAAGCUCAGCAUUUUCCCCCGAGACUGGAAUAUCAUGAGACUCCUCACCAGCAACAUCAUCCUGACCACAGCGCAGUACCUCUCUCCUGCUCUGCACAAGAACUUUACAGAAGCCGACUUUGACUUUAAGGUGUGGAAUUCCUACUUCAGCCUGGCGGUGCUCUACAUCAACCAGCCCAGUUUACAGUUGGAAAAUUUGAGUCCUGCUAAGAGGAAGAAGGUCUUAGACAAAUACGGUGACAUGAGAGUGAUGAUGACCUACGAGCUUUUCAGCAUGUGGCAGAAUCUGGGUGAGAAUAAGAUCCACUUCAUUCCCGGAAUGAUUGGUCCGUUCCUGGGAGUGACGCUGGUCCCGCAGGUGGAGGUGCGAAACAUCAUGAUCCCGAUUUUCCAUGACAUGAUGGACUGGGAGCAGCGCAAGAAUGGGAACUUCAAACAGGUGGAGGCUGAGCUGAUUGACAAGCUGGACAGUUUGGUGUCGGAGGGGAAAGGAGACGAGAACUACAGGGAGCUCUUCGGUUUGCUAACCCAGCUGUUUGGGCCUUACCCCAGCCUGCUGGAGAAGAUCGAGCAGGAGACGUGGAGAGAGACGGGCAUCUCCUUCGUUACCUCUGUCACACGACUGAUGGAGCGACUGCUCGACUACCGGGACUGUAUGAAGGGAGAUGAAACAGAAAACAAGAAGAUUGGCUGCACAGUUAACCUCCUGAACUUCUACAAGUCAGAGAUCAACAAGGAGGAGAUGUACAUCCGCUACAUCCACAAACUGUGUGACAUGCAUCUCCAGGCGGAGAACUACACAGAGGCCGCGUUCACCCUGCUGUUAUACUGGGAGCUGCUGCACUGGGACGAGCGUCCUCUGAAGGAGUUCCUGCAUUAUCCUGCACAGACCGAGUGGCACCGCAAGGAGGGACUCUGCAGGAAAGUCAUCCACUACUUCAACAAGGGGAAGUGUUGGGAGUAUGGCAUUCCUCUGUGCAGGGAGCUGGCCUUCCAGUACGAAUCCCUGUACGACUACCAAAGUCUCAGCUGGAUACGGAAAAUGGAGGCGGCUUAUUACGACAACAUCAUGGAGCAGCAGCGCCUGGAGCCCGAGUUCUUCAGGGUCGGCUUCUACGGCAGGAAGUUCCCUUUCUUCCUCAGAAACAAAGAGUUCGUCUGCCGUGGUCAUGAUUACGAAAGGUUAGAAGCCUUCCAGCAAAGGAUGCUGGGUGAAUUCCCGCAAGCCAUUGCAAUGCAGCACCCCAACCAACCAGACGAGGCCAUCCUGCAGUGUGACGCACAGUACCUCCAGAUCUACGCAGUAACGCCAGUGCCGGACAGCGUGACCGUCCUUCAGAUGGACCGAGUACCGGACCGCAUUAAGAGUUUCUAUCGAGUGAACAACGUUCGCCGCUUCCGUUACGACAGGCCCUUCCACAAAGGCCCCAAAGAUCGAGACAAUGAGUUCAAAAGUCUGUGGAUAGAAAGGACGACUCUGAUCCUCACCCACCCUCUGCCCGGGAUUUCCCGCUGGUUUGAGGUGGAGAAGAGAGAGCUGGUGGAGGUGAGCCCGUUAGAAAACGCCAUCUCUGUGGUGGAGAAUAAGAACCAGGAGCUGCGGACUUUGAUCAGCCAGUACCAGCACAAGCAGCUGCACGGCAACAUCAACCUGCUCAGCAUGACGCUCAACGGGGUCAUCGACGCCGCUGUUAACGGAGGCAUCGCCAGAUACCAAGAGGCUUUCUUUGAUAAGGAGUACAUCACGAGCCACCCUGAAGACACUGAGAAGAUCACACAGCUUAAAGACCUGAUGCAGGAGCAGGUUCACAUCCUGGGAGUCGGUCUGGCUGUGCAUGAGAAGCUGGUGCACCCAGAAAUGCGUCCCCUGCACAAGAAGCUGAUAGAUCAGUUCCAGAUGAUGAGGAGCAGCCUCUGCCAUUGCUUCUAUGUGUCUCUGCAGGGUCUGCCUGGUUUAGACAAGUCCGGCUCAGGGCCCAACACACCCAGAGGAAUCCUGGCCACUCACGGCCCCAUGAGCCCCGAGAGCUUCAAACUGAUGCACCGACACAGUCCCAUAGCUGUUCUGACUCCUGUGCGCAACUCCUCCUCCUCUCUCUCCUCUCACAACUCCAGUGAGAUGGGAAACGUUGGCAAUCUGCUGAUCCUGGCUGACGGCAUGGUGGUGGAACACCCCGAGGACUUCUACCGCAUGCAGGCGAGCCUGUCCUCCUCCAGUCUUAGCUCCACCCACUCUGCGCCUUCUCAGAUGAUAAACUCCGCCCCCUCAACCAUCAGAGUCGGCUCUCCGUCUCUGCCUGACAAAUACAGACACAACAGAGAGAUGCUGAUGCUGCUGCCGCCGCACAGAGAGAGGCCGAGCAGCGCGAUGUACACCAACAUCACAGACAAUGGACAGCCACCAAACUUCCAGCGGGCUUUGUUCCACCAGGUGAUCGGUCCAUGCAAACCCUGCAGCGACCCAAACCUCUCUGUGGCUGAGAAAGUCCUGACCACUCCCAGUAGUUGGAGUUUGGACAGCGGUACCAGAGAAGCCCUCCCUUUCCUUUCCUCCCACGUUGGCAGUGUCAUGGCUCCACCUGUUCCACCACGCAACCUGCCUCAAGGGCAACACCUGUCGAUGCACUUUGACGCUUUCCACCACCAGGUCAGCGACCUCCCUCCAGCUCUCCCCGCGCGCUCUUUAAGAAAGUCUCCCCUGCACCCUAUACCUGCCUCGCCCACCAGUCCACAGUCCAUCCUGGAUGGCAGUAACUCCAACCUGUCAGGCAGCGCCAGCUCCGGAGUCUCCUCCCUCAGUGAGAGCAACUUUGGUGGCCCCGCCUCCUCCUCUGACCCCACCGCCAGCCGCACAGACACCCUGGAGUCCGUCCCCAGCAGCCAGGCUUGGACCACCGACCAGGAGGACCUCGACUCACCUUACCAGCCAGUCAGGUACAGCGUCUCCGAACCUGAAGUCCUGGACGGAGUCAAGCCCCCGCCCUGCCGCAGCCACUCUGCCCCGGGAGGCGUCACCCCGGCUCAGGCGGGGUCCCAAAUCCAGCCCCAGGCUCCAGGUUCGGCCUCCAUCGGAGUUCAACAAAUGCAGCAGCAGGAUGUGCUGCCACACCCCCAACACCCCCACUACUACCACCAACUCCACCAUCACUUCCACCCACACUACAUCCCCCACCACCCGCCUCUCUACCACCUCCAUGAGCCUCCGGCGCUGCCCCCUAAACCCUACCUCCGAGAGGGCUGCAUCCCUGAAGAGGACUCCCUGAUCAGCCAGUCUGCAGCGCCUCCACCUCCCGCACCACGGCCCAUGCCACGCAAGAUCUCCCAGCCCAUAAUCGCAGCCACCAAGGAUGAGCAGGCUAAAGUGGCGUGGGAGCACGGCAUCGGCGAGGAGUAGGACGCCCCCUCAUGGUUGUAGAGACAGAUAAGAAACUCUUCUUAAAAGAGGGAAAGAAAAGACGUGAGAGCGAGAGCCAAACUACAAACUGGGUCAUGAAGUUGAGGGAAGCUCUGAUUCGCCCCCCAGCUGUCCUCCAGUUACCACUAAAGGUUUCAGUCUGCUCUCGCACACUCCAUCGGGUUAACGAGUCCUUGACCUCUGAGAAGUGUUUCCUUUAACCAAACAGUCCUCACGUCACUGCAUCCUGAUUCUUUGUUUCUUAUAUGUGCAGACGGGGGUUUAACCUGAGAAAAUGCUGCUCAGCUUUUUCACUAAAUUCAUGAUUACACCUGAAACAGAACCCGUGAUUUUACGAAGCGAUUUCUAGUCAAAUCAAAAAAACCUCGCUCUGAAGAUUUAAAGGCAAACGGCACUUUAAAAACAUUUUUAUUUAUGUACAAAUAAAACCUAUAGACACAGAACGGUCAAAGCAGGGAUGUUAAACUGAAGGAUUAUUUAGAUCAGUGAUUCCUAAAGUGUGGGCCGCUGCCCCUUAGUGGGCUGUGAAGGUACUGCAGGGUGUCCUCCAGAGGCCAGAUUCCAUGAACCUCGAUGAUACAACAUUUUACAACAUCUGGAGUUUAUUUGUGUGGGAAUCUUCACAUAUCCUAAAAAAACUGUAAAAGGACAAACUGCAGGUUUGUGAAGGACUUUCCCUCCUCCCUCGCUGAGCUGACGCAAUAAGCACAACAAGAUGUUAUUUCAUGAGAUUUCACGUUAUUGUCCGUUUUCCUCUCUGCAUCACUGCAGAUUAACUAAGAAAGGAAAAUCAUUUCCUUUGUUUUGACUUCACCCAGUUAAGUAGUCUCCCUGUAUUUCUAUUUUUUUAAAGCCAUUGGAUAAAAGCCAGAUUUUAGGAAAGUGCCUGUCCUGCAGUGAACAAAAUGUGGGACACUGUCUUGAUGUGGGACGAGGGGACCAAAGGUCAGUCUCGUGUGGACUCCAGUUUAGCAGCUUUAAGUUUGGGAAUCACUGAUUUAGAUGAUUUAAAAAGAUGAAAACAAAAGGCCAAAAUUAAAGCAAAUAACUAAUGAUGAUUAUUUCUUUCACACAAACAGCGGCUAUAAAGGCAUCGGUUAAAGGUACUUUUUGUAACGAUGUAAAUAAAACGUUCACCACCAGGGGGCAGCGUUUGAACAAAAAGGUAAUACACCAAAGUACGGCCGGGACCUCAUUUGACUACGGUUGAUAUCUUAACAGAAAACACAGACAGUUUUGGACAUAAAGUCAUGCUGGUAUUUAUAUUCUGUUAACUUUUGUUAAUAUUAGAAAACAGGAAGUUACAAAAAGUACCUUUAAGUGAUGUUUUAUGCAAACAGAGCGACGGCUUUCGAAGAUUUUCAGUCACUUUUUCCUGAAAUGUUGAAGAUAAACGACAGAGAUGAGAAGUGUUUAUAUUUAAGAGAGAAUGUAGAUACAUGUAAUACAGUAUAAAGAAGUAUAUGCAUAUAAUUUAUAUUCAGCCGUUAUGCUUUUGAUUGAAGAAAUGUGCAGAUGGCUUUCUGAGCCGACAGUAGCGGCUUCAUUGGACGCGAUGUGCUCUUCACAACAGCUGAAGGUUUUAUUGCAGCUCCUGAAAACAGGAGCGAGGGAACGAUUGAUCUGAGGGUUUUUUUAAAGCCAACGAUGCGUUCAGCGGAAGAACCUGUAAAUAUGAACGAGGCGUCCGACUGCUGGUAUUUUUAGGGAUAUUAACUGAAGUAAAUAUUCACCUUUUUUGGCAUUUUUUCUAUGAAAGUAAUGACUGUACAUUUUUUAAUCAGGGUACUGUUUUGUAUGCAUGUUCACUGAGCAGAGACUGUGAGGAGAAGCACUGGAAGCACUGGAGAAAUACUGUACUGUGCACUGAUGUCUUUGUAGUCUAGGAAACCACUUUGAACACCAAGGAUGUUGAAUCAGCAGGAUUUAGUAGUAGACGUGUAAAAGUACUGCAAAGGGUCAUACUUUUGUAUUUUAGUGUUUUGUUUUAAGUAUUCUUUUUACAUUUAGCACUCAGAUUGUGUGCAGACUGUCAUCCUGAUCACUUCGCCCCCUUUUGAGGUUGAACAGCCGUUAGCUCACAUGGCUAAAAUCCUCGUUGUGUUUGCCUGGUGUCCGAUCACCUUCUCACAUUUUGCAUGGUGAAGCUGAUCGUUGUGUUUGAGCUUUGUCCUGUUUUGGUUCCUCCUGAAGGUGCAAACUCAGAAUCCUGAAUCAGUGUCAUAUUGUGUUGGUGACGAUGGCCGGUGGCGCUGUAGUUUGUAGUUUUGAACUUAAGUCCAGCUAAAUUUAGAUAAAUUCAUUACAGAAAAUAGUCCCCAAAAGCUGUUUCCCCUGUGAGGCUGAAUAAUAAUAAUAACACUAUUUCUUUGCAAAGUGCUUUGACAGAAAGGGAAAAAUAGAAAAAUGCAUUUCAACAGGAAGCUGCACAUCGGGGCGAAGAGCGAGCUGGGACACAUUAAAAGUUACAACAGAAGAGAACAACGAUGAAAUAAAUCAAAUCAAAUCAACAUUGUCUACAUAAAGGGCUGAAAGCAAAAAACAAUGAAAUGGGGUGAUAAAUGCAUAAGUAAAUAUAGGCAUCACAUAAAAAUAUGUCUAUGAAGAAGUGAGUCAGGUUGAGAGAUUUUAGAUUUGAGGAUUAACGACCUGAGUACGCGCUCUGCCUCGUAUGGCUUUAGCUGCUUUAGAGAAGCUGAAGGUUUGUUUUCAGUGGAACGACGAGACUGUGUGUGUGAGCGCGUCUGCACGUUUAGAACCGUCACAAACUUUACUUCAUCCAUUAAAUCAUUUUCAGGAGUUACUAAACUCGACCAGUUCUGGAUUUUCUGACUCUGUCACACCAGGAUGGAUGUGUGCAGUAAACACAACCAUAGUUUACAAAGAACAGCCAGUCUAAAGAGACGGGCACUAAAGCAGCUUGUUUCAGACACACUGCAGUAUUAUUUUUAACUAUGAGUCAUACAAAGCUGCUCUGGUAGAGGAGCUUACAUCAAAAUAUGGAGCUCGAAAUGAGCAGAGCGGGUCCACAUUAAAUAUUCAGCUCCUGUAAUGUCAGUGAACGUGUGUGCUGCAUUCACUGACCCAGUAAGCUACAUGGAACAACAGCCAUCAUUCAGACCGUUGUUGCGCCUGUGCAUUUCCUGCUGCGUGCAUGGUGUGAGCUGUGUGAACACUGAUACGGGCCCGCUGCUUGAUUUAUCCACCAUAAACAUACGAGUGAAGCGGUGAUGGUUAAAGAUGUUCAGUGGAGGUUUAGAGCCGGACUUUUUGUUUUCAGUGGAGCUCUGCGUCCGAUGAGUGUUUCCAGUCACUUUAUUCCCCACUUAUAAAAGUUAAAGCCAUGAAACUGUCCUGUGGCUCACACAGAGGCUGCACCACAGCCCAGACAGUUUGCAGCCUUCAUGAAACAACAUGAGAGGUGAAUUAUGCAGCACGGCUCGAGUUACCUCCUUGAACCUUUCUGUUUUUAGAUCUGUAUCUUCACUCUUUAUUAGUUUCUUUUAGUUAUAAAUGUCAUUUAAAAUAAUUUUAGUUCAUUUAUUCCCUAAAUGAUCAACUCUUUCAUCCUUGUGUGAAGAGUUCGAGCUGAUUGUUGUCCUGUUGAAACUGAAACCCAUAUUAACACUCAGUGCAGCUGAUGGUGGAUUCAUGCGCUGUGUGUAUUUACAGCGAUAUAGAAAGUUGUUACAGACUCGCACUGACGCCUUUGUGUUUAUGCCAACAACAUAUAAUCUUACCUCUGUUUUAAACAGCUUUGAGUGCUCUCAAAGUUUUUCUCACAGCACAUCUGUCAUGCUUGUUGCCUUUGCAAAACAUGAAGAUUGAUAUUAAUAUGUUUAGGUUUAUACAAAGCCAGAUUUAGAAAUCACCUUAUUGCAUUUUCUUCCUGCAACCUUUACCUACAGUUCACAUAACGCACCGGAAGGUUUAAUUUUUUAUCACUUUUCUGUCAUUCUGUGUGUUUGUUGUUUAUCUGUAAAGCAUCGUGCUCCUGAUGCAGUCGUGCUGACCCGUUUAUGUUUGAUCUUUCUGAGCCUACAAAGAGCUGUGAGCAGGGAUGCUGUAAAUACAUGACACAGGCAGGUUACAGAAGCUUUUCAGCAAUGAGAAACUGCAAUAAUGAAGGUGUGUGCUGUUACGGCAGUUUGUGAGAGAGUGUGUGUUAUAUCGGGAUCGAUCUACACGAGAGGGAGAGAGAGAGAAGUCACACACCAGUUUACUAAAGAAAAGUUCACAGCAGAAUUAAAUGUACAUUAUUUUCUCCUGAUUUUUAUUUCUGUUCAUCCUUUUAGAACAUUUUGAUAUCUGCCGUCUUUUAAAUAUAUCUGAGCUAAACUGAGAUCAUUGACAGCUACUGAGAAAUAAAGAAAAAGCAACAACCUAUUAAAGAUGUUUCAUGUAGGAACUAUUUUCUUUUCCCUGAACUAAACCCGCCAACCGAAUCACUCUGCAGGAGAAAAUGUGCCUGUGCAACGCCCAAUCACAGUGUCCCACUCAGGAUCAACCCUCACACAUUUAAAUGAUGUCAUCUGUGUUUGCAGCAAAAAUGUGAAUCAGCAUGUUGUCACAUACUUUACAUGCAUAUGCUGCAAUCACGCACUCAUAGAUUUCCUUUUGCCUUUUGUGUCGUUGCUCCUUUUGUCUUGUUGUGUUACAGUUUUAUUCUGGUGCUUUUUUUUUUUUAAAUCUCGGUAACAGUUUGUUUUGUCCUGUGAGUGGACACUGGGAUUGGGCCUGUAUAUAAAGGAUGGCUGUAGCUUCCACGUCUGAAAAUUAAAACAAAGCUGGAAGUUGCGUUCUUUCCAGUGGCCACUAGGGGGCAACUGUUUGUCCUGCAAAAAAAGUCUGAGAAAACAACCCCGCAGCUUGAACUGUGACCUCAGUAAAUAUUUACCUGAUGAGUCUCACUAGUGUCAGGACUUUAAUUUUAUCAGCUGUUGAUCUAUUGGAGGCAAACGAGUGGAUAAAAGAGAUGUGUAAGCGGUUACUACGGUUACCACAGUUAAAAUGACAUCUUUGAUUUUGCUGUGAACUCUUGCUUUAAACAAACAGUCCUGCACACUUGGUCUGCAGCGAUGACGUGUUCAGAUUUCAGUGAAUCAAACUCGAAGCAGGUGAAGAUGAACUAUGCAAAUCAGAGGUUUGUUUGCAGGACGUUCAGUUCAUUCUUUUGUUCUUUGGCUUGAACGUGUCGGAUGGCAGGAAAAUUAAAAGUAGUUUGGUACUUUUUUAAAGAAAGUAAGUUUUGUGUGAAACUAAAACCACUGACCCCACCAGUCUGUGUUUCCUUUAAAAGGAGGAACGUGGAGGGAAAUCCGACGGAGCUCACGGAGGAGACAGGCUGAUUUCUUUGUACAUAAACGAGGAGAGGGCGUAUUUAUCGCAGGCAUAAAGGGCAAACCUCGUAUACAUGUAGACUGUGGUCGUCUCGCCUUGUGUUUUCUGAUGUAAACCAGUUUUUAAACCCGGUCCACAGCGAUCCAAGUUCAUUCUGUCGAAUUAUCCCGAUCGUUUCAGGGCAGCUGAGCAGACGUUUAUUAUGAUUUUGUGUAUUUUGCAUCAAUGACAAAUCUAGAUAGUUCCAACGAUGGCACUCCUUUGUAUGACGACGCUAAUAGUAUUUCUUGUAUAUAAAAGUCUUUGUUGUGUUAGCAUGGGUAUAAACUGUGACGUGUAUGAUGGUAGAUGUAAAUACUCACGUUUUUCCUACUCACUAAACAAACUGCUGUGUUGUGGAUUCAUGAUUAAUGACAAACAUUAAAUGAUAAAGUUUUAUUGACUC